AUGUCCCUGCUUUUCUGUUCCUUGAUUUUGCUUCUUUUAUACGUGCCUUUGUUUUGCGAUGGAGGCUUUACAAGCCCCUUCCUAAGGAAAUAUCCGUCUGUUGAUAUGCCAUUUGAUAGUGACGUAUUUGCAACUCCUCCGGGCUAUAAUGCUCCUCAGCAGGUUCAUUUAACACAAGGUGACCAAUUGGGAAGAGCCAUGAUCGUGUCAUGGGUGACUGAGGAUGAACCAGGAUUGAGUGUAGUUCAUUAUUGGAGUGAGAACACCCCCCACAAGUUGGUGGCACAGGGAAGAUAUGUUACCUAUAGAUACUUCAACUAUGCAUCUGGUUUUAUUCAUCACUGCACACUUAAAAAUCUAGAGUAUGACACUAAAUAUUAUUAUAAGGUGGGAAUUGGGCAUACUGAGAGACAAUUUUGGUUUGUGACCCCUCCUGAAGUUGGUCCGGAUGUACCUUAUACAUUCGGUCUCAUUGGGGAUCUAGGUCAGACUUCUGAUUCAAACAAGACCCUUACUCACUACGAAAUGAACCCUAAGAAAGGACAAACUGUGUUGUUUGUUGGGGACCUCUCUUAUGCAGAUGAUCACCCAAAUCAUGACAACAGAAGAUGGGAUUCAUGGGGAAGGUUUGUUGAAAGAAACAAUGCUUAUCAACCUUGGAUAUGGACCCAAGGGAACCAUGAAGUUGACUAUGCCCCUCAAAUUGGCGAAACAGAACCUUUCAAGCCAUUCUCCCACCGUUACCCAGUCCCUUACAAGGCAUCAGGAAGUACUGGACCCUUUUGGUAUUCUAUCAAGAGAGGUCCCGCACAUAUCAUAGUCUUGGCUUCGUAUUCAUCUUAUGGUAAAUAUACUCCCCAAUAUGUAUGGCUUCAGCAAGAGCUACCAAAGGUUGAUAGGACCAAGACUCCUUGGUUGAUUGUUCUUGUGCAUGCUCCAUGGUACAAUAGCUACAACUAUCAUUACAUGGAAGGGGAAACCAUGAGGGUGCAGUUUGAGUCAUGGUUUGUGCAGUACAAGGUUGAUGUUGUGUUUGCUGGUCACGUACAUGCCUAUGAACGAACUGACCGUGUCUCUAAUAUUGCAUACAACAUUGUAAAUGGUCAAUCCACACCUGUGAGGGAUCAGUCAGCUCCCGUAUACAUAACCAUUGGUGACGGAGGGAACAUUGAAGGCUUAGCAAAAAACUUGAUAGAGCCUCAGCCUGCUUACUCUCUAUACCGUGAACCCAGCUUUGGACAUGCCAUUUUUGAUAUAAAGAACAGAACACAUGCUCACUAUACCUGGAACCGAAAUGAUGAUGGAGAUGCUGUGGUGUCUGAUUCUAUGUGGUUUUUCAACAGAUACUAUCACCCCCUUGAUGAUUCCUCAACCACUGACCGCCACAACGCGUAG